AUGUCUUCAUCAUUUUCUAAUAUGUCCACACUUGAGAUUUUGAAUCUGAAUUUCAAUUUCAUAGAGGGCCAAAUACCAAAAGUGAUUGGAAGUCUUAUAAACCUUAGAGUAUUAAAGUUGAGGGGUAACAAGCUCAAAGGUUCUAUUCCUCUGUCACUUUCGAACGCCUUAAGGUUGGAGACUUUAGAUUUAUCGUAUAAUUCACUUCAUGGAAACAUUCCAGAAGGGAUCAGCAAUCUUCACAACAUGAACGGGUUGGUCAUACAAUAUAAUCAAUUUACCGGUUCUAUUCCACUUUCAGUUUUCAACAUUUCUAGAAUUGAAGUUAUAGCAUUUACAGGCGAUAGCUUAUCAGGAAGUCUCCCCAAUGGUUUAUGUAAUGGUCUCCCGAUACUCAAAGGGCUUUAUUUAUUCGAAAACAAGCUGCAUGGUCAAAUGCCUACAAGCUUAUCAAUUUGUUCUCAACUUCGAAUUUUGUCUUUAUCGGAUAAUGAGUUUGAUGGACCAAUACAUAGUGAAAUUGGAAGAUUGAGUAACUUGCAGAGCUUGUCUCUCGGAACUAACCAUUUUACUGGUACGUUUCACUUUAUGAAUACUAACACUAUUGUAUCUUAUUACUUCAGAAUUUUAUUUUAUUACACAUUAAUUGCAAGGAUAAUUCCACAAGAAAUUGGAAAUCUCGUUAAUUUGGUAAAGUUUGCCAUGGAGGAUAAUUAG